UCGUCAACAAUCGUCAAGUAUGGCGACCAAAAGGGUGAGCGGAUUAUGUAUCCCUUUUAGCAAGUUGUACAAAAGAGAUGCAUCCGCGUUAAAUACAAUAACGCAACGUAUGUACGCAACCGUGGAUGAAGGUGACACUCAAGUCACUCACACGGGUCAGGUGUUUGAAAAAGAUGAUUAUCGAUUAGUAAGAUUCAUGGACAGACCAAAAGAAGUUAAUAAAAAUUGGGGGAUUAAUUUGAUAGACGAAAUACCACCAUCUCCUGAAAAAGAAAGAAUAGUAGCUUGCGAUGGUGGUGGAGGCCCACUUGGACAUCCUAAAGUGUAUAUAAAUCUGGAUAAACCAGGCAAUCAUAUCUGUGGUUAUUGUGGUUUACGUUUUUAUAAAGAGGAUCAUCAUUAGGUGUGAUCACUAUGUAUAAAUAGUUAUAUUAUCAAAAGUUAUGUAUAUAUUUUAGAAUGCAAUGUGCAUGUAUUGUGCUGAAAUAAAAUAAAAUUAUAAUUUA